UUCUUUAAGUUGAUGCAGAAAAUAGAGGCGAGGAAAUGGCAACCACAAAAGGAGACUUUUGAUCAAUAUGCUCUAGAUAAGCUAGCGUUGAUGCAUCGCCAUAAUUUUUCGAUAGGGGAUGCUAUUAAUUUAUUGGCUGGUGGAAUCAUGAAUAGUUCCUUAAGAGCCACUGCUCUCGCGAUCCAGGUUGAGACCACUGAUGAAUUUCUAGAAAAGAUGAGGCUGAUCACUGAGGGAGUAGCCGACUUAGAUAAACGACCACAGGCGUCUACAAACAUUUCUAAAAAUAAAGAUGUUCUGUGUAGAAAUUGCCGACGCACAGGUCAUUCUCACCGGGAGUGUCGAAGGGAUGCUUCUUGCUUCUACUGUAAAGAAAAGGGCCAUCGUCAGUACGAAUGUCCAGCCUUGCAGAGGAGAAAUGGCAGGACGCAGACGGCGGCUAAACCACCGUCGAAUACCGCCACAAGCAACGGAAUGUCGGGAACAGUCCCUAGGGACGCAGUUGCUAUCGUCGAAGAAAAGGGAAGCCGAUUAGUCAUCACCAACCCGUUUGUUAAAGUUAACAAGCUGGGCGAUUCGAGAAAUCGUCGAUGACCUUCUACAAAGAGGCAUAAUACAACCAAGUGUGUCACCGU